AUGACUGACUGCAUUUUCUGGCAGCAAACGCUUAAACCUGGCGAAAAAAUUGCUUUAGAAAAUGAAAUUGGUGAAAGCUGCAUUGAAGUCCAAUCUGCAUCUAUUUUUGAUCUUAAUGAUCAAGAUCCAAAUUCUGCUUGCCGUGUUUUUGCGUAUAUUCAUUGUCCAACUGAAGUUCCAGAUAGCGAUACUGAACAGAACGAUCAAAAACAAGAUAAGGCUCCAAUCCAAGAAGAAAAAAUAAAUAAAAUUCUUUUUGCUUCAAUUCUCCCAUCCCAAAGAGAAACUUGUGACAUAUCAUACAUCAUUUGUCCAUUUGAUUUUUUGGAAUUAGAAAAUACCAGUAAAGCCACAAUCACAAUCAAAGGCGUUUACCAAAUGGUUGAUUUAGAUUCAGAUGAAGAAGAAGAUGCAAAUGAAGAAGAAGAGCAACAUGCUGAAGAAGAAGAAGAAGAACAAAAACCAUCCAAAAAAGGAAAAUCUAAGAAAGAUGCUGAAGACGAGGAUGAAGAAAUAGAUACAAACGAAAUUGUUUCUAAAGUUAUGAACCAUAUGAAGAAGCAUCAAAAGAAAUAA